AAUCAUGCCUUACUAAAAGGUUGUUCAAGGGGCCAAGUCUCACAUCGGCUCUUGUCAACUCUCAAUCGAUCUAUGUCAACCCACACGCAUGACCAAGUGAAACAAGCAUCGAGAUUCGAAGGCCUCGAGCAUCAUCUUAUAACCUCAAUCCGACUACAAGUCCCACCGGACAAGCAUCAAGCCGUGACUCUUAGCCUUUAUCGACUAUGUCAUGACGGCCUCAAAACCAGGUGACUAGGGUCACGACUCUCGACGACCGGCUCCAAGAAUCUAACCCUGAACCACAACCCCGAACAUCUUGACCCGUAAGGCCAGUGGUUAGAUGUCUUGCAUGGCUUGCUCAACGUAAUAACAUGAGCAAUCCAAGCACGCUACAUUCUACAUUCCCAUCCAAACCCAAAAUCCAGGACUUGCAGUUUCCGUUGACAAACUAAAUGCUCAUGUUCAAAGAUGCAAACUGAACACGUUCAUAGUUGGGAAAUUUCAAAGCCAGGAAAAGCCAAGUGGCAGCCCACAGCCAAGCCUUUUCCCACCAACAAGACCGUCCAGGUAUCUAAUAACCACCGUCGCUGAAAGAAAAACACAUUUCCGCUACUUACUAGAUUCUGUCGUGUGCUUCACCUUUCCCCUCACUGAUUUUUUUCCCCAAAGUUUCUUCUGGGGCCAAGUUGGAGAAUUCUCCACCUCAGAAAUUUUGCUUGGUGAGGAGUCGUCUCACGCCUCCUCUCGCCAGCGCAUUCCCCCUUUCUUGACUCUCUCUGCUUCUUACCCUCUGUUUCCCUCUCUCUUAACUUCAAUUCCACGCCUUUAAUUGCGCCCAUCCCUCCCUGUUCCCAGAUUCUGCAAUCUCCACUUAGAUUCCUUCCUCCCUUUUUAGUAUCUUCAACGACCCUUCCCAGCCUUCACAAUCUGUCAGAAUCCAGUAGAAAAGUAGCAACCUUUGAUCUGGGUUUUCUGAGAACCUCUGGAUCCAAGAGAAUGGUUGGGGGAGCAGCAGCAGCUUUGCCGAUGGUGGGUUCGUCGGUGGUGUUAGAUUCCCUCCCUGAUUUGGCGAUUCCGAGGAGCUCUUCCAUGAAGAAGAAGCAGCAGCUGGCCGGAAGGUCGGUGGAACUAGGGAGCUCUUUUGCCAUCUCCGGGAUUUGCAGCAGAAGCAAAGGUAUGGCGAGGAAGCAGCAGCAGAGGAAGGACCAACGGAGGCUGGUUAUCGUCGCAGAGCUCGGUGGCCAGUAUGAAGACACCUUCAAUGACGUUAAAACGCAAAUAAUGAACUACUUCACGUACAAGGCAGUGAGGACGGUUAUGAACCAGCUGUAUGAGAUGAAUCCAACUCAUUACCGUUGGUUUUACGAUUUUGUGGUCAUGAACAAGCCUGGAACUGGGAAGCAUUUCAUCCGAACCCUAGCCAAAGAGAGGCAGGACCUUGCUGAGAGAGUAAUGGUGACGAGGCUUCACCUGUAUGGAAAAUGGAUUAAGAAAUGCAACCAUGCGGAGAUGUACCAAGAGAUUUCGGACGAGAACUUGGCGCUAAUGCGUGAACGGCUCCUGGAGACUGUGAUAUGGCCAUCGGAUGAUACCAACACGGAGAAGAUUGGCUAAAUCGAGAAGUUGCUGCUGGAAGAGAUCCACACCAGAAAAGAAAAAGACUUCCAGAGAAAUUUUUGCUUGCUUCUUCUUUGUCACUUUGUAGCUCAGGGAAUUCACUCGUCAACGGAACUUAUUGGUUUCCUUGGUUGAUCUUUAUAUAUGAUCCAAGGCAAAAAGAAACUGUCACAAAAAAGAAAAAAAAAAGAUAUUAUUGUCGCAUGUAUAAUGUAAGCACCUUUUGUGUAUAUAAUGGUACAAGUCAAGCAUCUAUCAAUGGUAAGAUGGUUACCUUUCUUUCGAAGCAAAGAUAUGGCGAUUUCUUCUGCUGCAGAGCUGUACCAGCAAUAAAUACCCUGGCCCUGC